UGUUUUCUCUAAAUUCUUUGCCAGUCUUGAACCAUUUAUAUCGUAGACAAGUACUUAAUUAGGUCAUCCUUGAAUACAGUUUAUGCUCUGGAAGAUCUAUUGUUUCAUUUUUUUUACCUGAGCGAAACUGUGGUAUUUGAUUAUAAACUGAAAGCCUAUAAAUUCACAAGACGAGGUAUAUUGGAUGAUGUCGAGUCCACUUCCUGCAAGAAAGAACGUGAGGAAGCCAUGUUCAGGACAAAAUAUCAAAGUCUUUGUACGAUGCCGGCCGAUGAACUCACAAGAGAAAGUGGCACGAGCACAGGAAUUGGUUGAAUGUCAAGGAGGGAAGAAUAUUGUCGUCAAAGAGAGACCACUUGACAAGUUCACUAAGACGUUUAGCUUCGAUAAAGUCUUUGGGGCUGACUCAAAGCAGCUUGAUGUGUACAAGUGCGUGGCUAAGCCGCUAGUGGAUGAAGUUCUGAAUGGGUUCAACUGCACAAUUUUUGCCUAUGGUCAAACAGGCACUGGGAAGACCUUCACUAUGGAAGGAGAGCGCACUGAGAACUGUACCAGCUGGCAGGAAGACCCAUUAGCAGGAGUCAUCCCACGGUGUGUGAACCACCUGUUUGACGAGCUAAGAAUCCAGAAACUUGAGUUCACAAUGCGCGUGAGCUUCCUUGAGCUGUACAAUGAGGAACUCUUCGAUUUGUUAUCUGCUCAAGAUGACCUCUCUAGAUUGAGAUUAUAUGAAGACUCCUCUCGAAAGGGCUCGUGCAUCAUUCAAGGCCUGGAGGAGGUGCUGGUGCGUUCCAAGAAUGAUGUGUACAAUGUGAUAGAGAAAGGCUCAGCUAAGCGCCAAACUGCCGCAACACUCAUGAAUGCACACUCCAGCCGCUCUCACACAGUAUUCACUGUCACUGUUCACAUCAAAGAGAAUACACUCGAUGGAGAUGAAUUACUGAAGACUGGCAAACUUCAUCUCGUUGACUUGGCCGGUUCUGAGAACAUAGGGCGGUCGGGAGCUGUGGACAAGAGGGCGAGGGAGGCAGGCAACAUCAAUCAGUCUCUGCUGACCCUUGGCCGCGUCAUCACGUCUCUAGUUGAGCAGGCGCCUCAUGUGCCAUACCGGGAGUCAAAACUAACGAGGCUCCUUCAAGACGCGCUUGGUGGCAAGACAAAGACCUCAAUCAUUGCUACUAUCUCGCCUGCAUCCACAAACCUCGAAGAAACUCUCUCAACCCUCGACUACGCGCACCGAGCCAAGAACAUCACUAACAAACCCGAAGUGAACCAGAAGCUUAACAAGAAAGAGCUCAUUGGGGAAUACACGGUAGAAAUAGACAGACUGCGUCGCGAUCUCAUGGCCAUGCGCGAGAAAAACGGCGUCUAUUUGGCCAAUGAAAACUACCAGGACAUGGUCAAUACAAUGGAGCAGCAGACCAAAGAGAUCGGCGAGAAAAUAUCCCAGAUACGCACUCUUGAGGAAGAUUUGGAGAGGAAAACGGAGUUGUUUCUGGAGACGCAGAGGCUGCUAGACGACACCAGUGAGCGACUCUCUGUCACAGAGAACAAACUUGUAGGCACCAGACAGUCUCUGCGCAGCACUCAAUCGCUACUUCACCACACUGCACAACAGCGGGAUGAACAGAAGUACUUGGUGGAGGCCCAUGAGAAGACCGAAGGCAUCUUGCAUGAUCAAGCCCAAGCUCUCAUCAGCGUGGCUGACACAACCACACAGCACAUCGAACUCUUGCAUGACAAGAUUAGGCGUAAAAGUGAGGUGGAGGAGCAUAACCUGACGGCGAGUGAAAUGUUCAAGAACGACUUCUGUGGCCGCAUGAGUGCAAUGGUUGCAUCGCUAACGGCGGUGAAGCAGCAGCACACGGAACACAUGCAGCAGUUCUCUCAGCAACAAGGCUCUAUGAUGUCGGAUCUUGGGGUCAGCUUAGUCGUUUCAGCAACCAAACUUGACUCGGUCCGCUCCUCCAUCUCAGGCCUGCUCACCUCCUUCGUGAACCUGGCAACACAAGCUAUUCUUGAUGGAGAGUCGAUGAACAAGCAGCACGUGGAUGUUGCGGAGCGUGCUUGCAGUGUCGCAUGCUCCGACCUCACUCGACGCUUGCAGGCAGAGCUCCUGCCUCUGCAGUCCACAAUCCUGGAGCUGAACUCUACUCUCAGUGGCACUCUUUCUGAGAUGACUCAGACCAUCAUUUCCAAGGUAGAAGAGUGGCAGGCCUUGUGCGAGGACGAGGCUAACAAACAAUUACAAGACUCGAACUCCAAUCAGCAUCUCUUGGAGCAGCAGUUGGCCGAAAUCUCAGCUCUUGUUCUGCAGCACACCUCGGCCAUGCAACGCGUCGCAGACGGCACAAAGUCUCAAACCGAGAGCGUGGAUGACACUUUGGAGCGUAUGAUUGCUGAGCUGCAAGCCUUGAGAGUCCGUAAUCAAGAGCAAACGGCAUCCUUACAUAAGGACCUGCAAGAAAGCCAAGUUGUGGAGCAAAAAUUUGCUCAUAAGAUAACGGAUCUGAACAACCAGGUUAUGGGCUCUGCAAAAGCCGGAGUUUCUCGAACCACUGGCUUCAUCGCAGCGACUCGCUUGCUCCGCGGCAGUGCUGUGGAGCGACUCAACUCAUUACACCAACAGACCGCUAGUUACUCGCAAGAAGUUUCGGUCAACACGGAGAUGCUCGCCGAAAAACUUCAUGAACAUACACAAGCCGGAACGACAGCGUGGACGUCUUCUACUGAGGAGCACAAGCAGAAACUCUCAUUAGGCUUAAAACACUCUUCCGAUAUGCGAGGUCAACUUCUUGAUCUACACAAGGUGGUCGAAGAGAGGGAGUUGGCAGACUUGAAGAACGACCUCGUGUGUGUGAACAACGUCGGGGAGCAGUUGCAGCAGAACAGCUCUGUGCUUCACCAGGGUGCAAUGCAGCUCGCCACUGAACAUACCAAGCAGCUUGCUCAGCACUGCUGCGAACUUGAAGCCAGGCAGAUCCAGGUCCAGGAGUUCGUCUCCGAGAAACUCUCCAGUGACGUUCCAACAGGUCAAACGCCUGGUCGUCAGCAGUAUGCGUUCUCUCGAUCCCUGGCGGCCACGUCGCCACAUCAAAGGCUCCUGCUGAGACACCGCGCUGCUCACUCAACGCAAGUUGCUGCCAGACUGCCACUGCCAUCGGAUCUUCCUAAUGAGCUGGAUGGUAGCAGCUUCUCUUCCCUGGACAACUCUACUGAGGAUCCCAGCCUCACAGACACGGGCUGCUACACCAGCGAUGUCGACUCUCCCUUGGAGCUGAUGACCCGAGCCACAUCCCUCUGCGACAUACGGGCUGAUGAAGACAAGGGAGGCAUGUUUGCGGUGCCCGCAGCGCCUGUUGUAGGGCGUCAGAGCUCGCGCGAAGACCCCCUGCUUCAGAAGGCGCCCACGGGCAUCCCAGCACCCGUCCGGAGUGCCUCGUCUGCCCCAGUGUCGCGAUCGUCCUCCACCUCUUCAAUCAGCGACUGCAAGGAAAACCAAUGGUUUGGCAAAAGUAAGAAAGAUCAGACACAGCAGCGAGGUGAUCAACGCCGCCCGACUAAUCAGCUAAAUUCAGCCAAGCUUGCAGCCGAGGUACCUCAAGCCAGAAGCAGACGCGUGCUUGGAUCUCACAACUGAAGGCUACCGACGUGUUCAUCAUACUUACUUUCUUAGCAACUACGAAUUCGUUUGAAGCUUCAGCGUUCAUCUUUGAUUUGGAUUAGGUGUAAUUUGUAGUGUAGCUAUAAUGUAUUAGUUUAAUCAAGGUUCAUUGAUAAAAUUAGAUUUAUAACUGGAACCAAAUAUCAUUUUACUUUUUGUGCGCUUUUACACGUGAAAUUAUCCUAUUGGAAACAAGCGACUUUAGUUGUGCGUUUCACGGAAUAUUUUAAUACUUCGUUUUGAGAUCCCGGCUAAUCCUUGAAGCGUUUCUCUCUUUGCACGCAUUGUAGAAAAUGUAUUUGAAGAGAGAAGCAAGUGGCGCGAUUUUUAUUAGAUGACUUCUCCUUUAGUAACGACUUGUAAAUAUUGUAGCUUCUUGAAGUACACUCUUUUCGCCGAGAUUUCGCUAUCUUUGCAAGAGCGACUACUGGAUAAAUUUUUUUGACGGAGUAUGGUUCAUAUAUUUCUUUAUUAGUGGUA